UCAGCCAGCCAGUCAGUCCAGGGCUGCUUAGGAGAGCAAGAUAGCAGGGCAGGGUGCAGUGGUCCCUCCUUCCAAAUGGGAAGGAGCACAGCCUGACAGAUACACAGCCAGGACCCAGAGGCAGCAGGAAGAGGAGGAGGAGGAGAGAUCUUCCUCUCCUCCUUCCUCAGCAGCUGCUUCUGAGUGGAAAGGGAGGAGGAGGAGGAGGAGGAAAAAGCACCUUCCUCCUCUCCUUUCCUCUCCUGCCUCAGCCUCUGCUGCUGCUUCUGAGCGAAAAGGGAGGAAGAGGAAGAGGAGCUGUUCUUGUGGCUUUCUUUCGAGGUCCACCAAGGCGACUGAGGUCAUAUAGUGUUAACAUGGAUGCUUUGGGCAGCCUGGAGACAAAGUGGAUGCCAGUGACAGCUAUGUAAACAACAACUCUGCAAAGCCUCAGAAUCCCUUAAAAUGGAGGAACUGUAUAAGGACACGCAAAACCUGCCCAUGGAUGUUACCAACUCUCCUUCAGCUAUAGCUAACAACAAGCUAGAAAAUGGAGUUGCCCAGCUGAUAACUGCAGAAGCAUGGAAUAUAAAUUCGUCUGACUUGAUGAAGAAAGCACUUUCGCCCCUUGUAACUGUCCCUGCUCCAUCAAUACUGACACCUCCAGCAGAAUCCCAAAGUGGGGUUGCUCUCAAGGUAGCUGCCACUGUGCUCCAGCCCAUUUGCUUAGGGGACAGUCCUGUGGUUCUGCCGAUACAUCUCCAAGUAGCUGGAAGCACUGCCCCACAGCUUGCUCCUAACAGUAACACUCCCUAUGUCAUGACCACUCAAGGCCCAGUCCCACUGCCUGUUCUCUUAGAGCAACAUGUAUUUCAGCAUUUAAAUUCUCCUCUGGUUUUACCUCAGAGCUCUCCAUGUGCUGCCAACCCCAUGCACAGUAGUCUAUUCCAGGGCUCCUCUGCCCCAAUGGGACAGCCACAACUCUUGGAUCAGAAACCAUCCAAUCCAACUCAGGAGUCCGUUUUGCCUCCUGUGUUUCAGACACCAGGAUUUGCUGCAGUUCUGCAGGACCUCUUUCCCUCACAAGGCGCCUUAGGCUCAUCACCCUAUCAGCCAUCCCCAGACUGCUCUUCUGUUCCACCACAACCCUUCAGUUCCCCUUUGUCUCCAUUGGUUCCUCCAGCCACACUCUUGGUACCAUAUCCUGUGAUAGUUCCUCUGCCAGUCCCAGUCCCCAUCCCCAUUCCUAUCCCCAUCCCAGUUCCCCAUAGUGCUGAAUCUAAGGUUAAUCUGGAUUGCUCUAAACCAGCAACUUCCUUCGUCUUGCAUUCCUGCAAAGGCACCCAAACUCCCUUAGAGAAAGAAGAAACUAAGCCAUUUGAUUUCAUCCACCAUCGGGGGCUCUCCCAGCUGAAUCGACACACUGUCAUUAAGAUGAGUAAUGAAAAUGAGGUUCUUGACCUGUCCAUGAAAACAACCCCUUUGCUUAAAGAAAGUGAGGACAGUUCCCAGAUCUCACCUGAAGAAGGUGCUUUGGACUUGUCCGUCCCUUCCUGUCGGAAAAUGAGCAACACUGAAACAACAAUUACCAAUCGCUCUGGGCCUAUUGUGGAUGGUCCUGUUCAUUCUAUGGCAGAUAAACUUCCUAGUGCUGUUUCUCCCUUUGUUCCUUCAAAACCUCACGAGACCCCAGCCAGGGCUGAGAGCAGGGUGAUCAGUAGCAGUUCAUCUGAACACCUGAGACAGCAGCCAAAGUGGCUGAUGGAUCAGACUAAUAUAACAACAUGUGAGCCCUCUGCUGGCAAUAACAUUGAAAUUGUAAGCACCUCACAGACGGCCAAAGUCAUAGUUUCUGUCAAAGAUGCGGUGCCGACAAUUUUCUGUGGGAAGAUUAAAGGCCUCUCAGGGGUUUCCACAAAAAACUUUUCCUUCAAAAGGGAUAUGCCCCAGGACUCAGUUCUUCAGUGUUAUGAUGUGAAGAACCAGCCAGAAGCCCGGGAUAAUGCAGAAGCUCUUAGGAAACCUAUCAAAAACAGAAGUGUCAAGUUAAAGAAAAUGAACUCACAGGAAAUACAUAUUCUUCCCAUCAAAAAGCAGCGGCUUGCAGCCUUUUUCCCAAGAAAGUAAUUUAUGAAAUCUUAGAACAUUUUACAGUAUAAUUAUUAUGGAUAAAGAGAUGCACUUCAUUUUAAAUUACAUUUAAAUCUUUAAACAAUCUCUUAAGUUAUUUUGAGGUGAAGGAGGCUGGGCUGGGCUGGGCUAGACUAGGCUAGGGAGGAGAAGGCAACAGGGGAGACCUGGAUAUAUCUUCUUGUUGCAAUGGCUCUCCCUGUAUUUUGUUCUAAAUUUUCAUUACAAGUAAAUAAAAAGCAACAUAUUUUUCAAGUGAUGGCACAUUUUGCAGCUUUAAUGGGAUAUAAUGGAUGAGUGAUUCAGAGGGGUAAGAGCUAUUUUCACUGCCAUAAAGUGCUUUGAUGAUGUAAUGCUGAGCAAUGGUGAGUAGAAUGGAAUUUUCAGAAUAAAUGUUUGUAUGUGCUAGUUUGGUUUCAGUAUUUUAGACUUCUUUUAUUUUCACUUUUGUCUGAAAGGUUUGACACAAGUCUGAAAAAUGUGUAACUGAGCUGGUAGUUACAUCAUUCCUGUUAGCUGUUACAAUAAUAUAAAAUAAUCUGGAUUAUGUUCAUGUUUAUUUGGAUAUUUUAAAAAUUUUGGAUUAUUUUCAGAUUUAUUUUGAUUAUUUUCACAUUUUUAUUUUUAGAACUCUUCCUCACAAUACACUUUGAACUGUAAUUUACUGAAUCAAAGUCAGUGAUAUAAUAGUGCAGGGUAAGCCUUAUUCUUACGGUUCAGUAAGAAUGGGUCUUGUUUUCAUCAGUUCUAUAAAAGGAAUCUAAACUCAUAUUUAAAAGAUUAUUUUAAAUAAAACAGAAUUUCAUUGCCCAGUGAAUAAAGCACCUAAUAUCCCCACUGCUUAAUAUAUGUAAUAAAUAUAUUCAUUUUUAGGUUUCUUUCACUUUUUAUGUAAAAUGAAUAGUGAAAUGCAUGGCCAAGAUCCUGCAUUAAGAGAUGUACAUGUACCAUGUAUCUAUAUCUCCAUAGCUACAUCUCUGAGUGAUACCCCCACAAUUUACCUUGUAGGAAAAAUAGCCCUGCACAACUCUACACAGCCAUUUCCAUGUUGAGAGAAUGGAGGCUACUUCCACUUAUUUUCUUGUAGCUGGAUUAACUGCAAGGAUGCCAUCUACUAAGAGUUUAGAAAGACUCCCACAGACACCUCUCACAAAGUGUCCAGCUAUAGGAAAACAACUGGAUGCACCCCUUCCUCAUUAUCCUACUCUACAAAAAUGGACCUGCUGGGAUUGCUGUGCUGUUUAUGAAGUGAGUUGGGGAGAUUUUGGUUGUUGAAUGGUCAGAACAGACUUCUCACCUACAAAAUGACCAGAAAGAUGAGUUUCGAUGGCAUAAAAGAUACUUACGCCAUCAUAAUUCAAUAACAGGAUGCCAGCUAUAUAUUCCUUAUUGCAGGAGUGGGCAGCUGAGCGAGAUGGGGGGGCGGUAUUGGUCCUCCAGGAGACCUUGAAGAUUUCCUGGACCUCCACCCCCAUCUCAGCCACGUCUGCACCUCCUACCUCACCAACAAAGACACACAAUUAAUCCAGAAAAACACAAGCUAGAGGCCGUGUGAAGGAAGUCUACUUCUCUGCCACCAUUACAAUCUGCAGAAAGCCAGCCAGUGGAGCUUUCUAAAUAGCCUUUUACAUUACUGUUUUUAUAUAUCAGAGGAUAGCUUGGUGGAACAUUAUGAUCAAUUUGCAAGACUUCAGAGAUAAAAUUGAUUAUCUCUCUGUCAUUUCAUGCUCCAUCUUGACAAAGCCUGUUGAUGUAUUUUCUGCAGCUCUUUGUCCUUUGGAAAGAUAUUCUUUCCAAGUCAUGCAGGAGUGUCCAGUGAUGACCCAAGUCCAAAAUUUUCUGGAUUGUAUUAAUGCAUAUCCUGAAUAUAUCCAUCCAUUUUAGUCCUGCUUCAGCCCUACUUUUGGAAUGCAAGCAGCCUUCAAUGCACUAGUUGAUUAUCCGGCCAAGGACAAGACAAGGAAGUCUGUCUCAUUUGUUUCCUUUUGACAUCUCAGUGGCUUUCAUUACUACCAGUCAUACUAUCCAUCUGGGCCAUGGAUUGGAGGCACUAUUCUGCAGAUUUUUGGAAAUUGGUGCUUAUGACAGCACCUUGGCUGUUGGCUUAUGAUGUCCUUUUGGGCUCAAUUUGUAACAUCUUCACAAAACCAUUGGAAGAGAUAAUUUUGGGGUGAUGGAAUGUGUUGUUUGUAUGCAUGUAAUACCAAACUCUUUGUCUGUUCACCCUCUUAUUCUGGGACGUUUAGGCCUGAAUACACUGGAGAUACCUGAUCCUGUCUGAUCUUGAAAGAUAAGCAGGGUUAGUACUUGCAAGGGGGAUCGCCAAGGAAUACCAGGUGCUGUAGUAUAUAUAUUUCAGAGGAAGGCAAUUGCAAACCACCUUUCUUGCCUAAGAAAACCCUAAUUAUGGGGUAGCCAUAAAGCAACUGACAACUUGAAGGUACAUACACAGACAUGAUAGACUAGAUAAAAGUAAACGAUGAAAUUGAAUCAGUUCCAGACAAACGAAAGAUGAUACUGGUCAGAAGGAUUACUGGACCAGGGAUAGGACUCCUGUUCUGAAUAAGGUUGUGUUCACCUUUAAAAAUCAAAUUACAGUUCAAACUAUACACUUAGACCAACUUAGGGACCGAACAGAUGGCCCAGGAAAGCUGGCUUCUGGGCAGCUUGGGGGCAUGGUGUUUUGCUGCUGUGUGCCCCCAGAGCGGCUUGAAGCCACCCUGGGGUUGCAGCGGCCUGCCUUAAGGCAGCCAUUUACUUCCCCAAAUAGGAGCUGAUUUUUUCUGCUCCUAUUUGGGCCAGU